UCACUGGGCCGGAGAAAGAAAGACCAUUCUACGCACAACUGCUAGUCGCCAUUUUGAGACGUGUGACCUGCAAGCUUCGGUUCCAGGUGGUUGUUACGGUGAAGGCCUGUAACAUUCUUUUGUUAAUUUAAUAAUAGGAUUCGCUGAUAUAAUAAUCCAUGUCUCGAUUUAACAAUAAUCGCGGGGGAUUUGGGAUGAAUAAUUUCCAGCCACGUAGAGGUGGUGGGCCUGGUGGCCCGAUGAGGGGUGGAAUAAUGGGAAACCCCAAUUUCAGGAGCCAUCCUUUUCAAGAUCAGAACCAAAAUCGCAGGGGACCAAAUACAAACUUCAACAGACCGUCUAAUCAGGGACCACAGACAACUCUCCAGAAGCCACAAGAGAACCAGUCGCUGCCAAUUAUUCCUCCGCCGAGUCCCGGUCCGGCUCUCACGAUGAAAGGCCCGAUGCAGCAGCAACAACAGAAACCGGUGCAGCAACAAGAAGAGCAGCAGCAAAGGAAACCGACAUCUCCUACGCCCCAGCCGAAUGUUAAGUCACCACCUCCGAAACUUAACAUACCCUCCCCUCAGCCUGCUCAGGCAAACAAGAUCCAGAACCAGCAGCUGAAAUCACCAGGAGGUAAUGCUAAUGUGCAGCAGCAGAAGCAGCCUCCACACCCGAGCCCCAAACCAGGGCCACAGCAAGGCCAGAAGUCAGGCUUUCAGCAAGGCCAGAGGGCAGGCCCUCAGCAAGGCCAAAGAACUGGUCCUCAGCAGGGCCAGCGAUCAGUGCCACCGAUGGUGAAGCCCAACCAGGAGCGUAAGGAGCCUGAGAAAAAUGCCUCGGACAACGAUGCAGUCGAGUCAGACGACAGCCAUUCAAAGGAGUUUAAGGCGACCCUGUCCAGACUGCUGAAACCCGGUGAGAAGACAUACACACAGCGGUGUCGUCUGUUCAUUGGCAACCUGCCUAACGACCUAACAGAGGAAGAUUUCAGGAAGUUGUUUGCAAAAUAUGGAGAGCCCAGCGAGGUGUUCGUCAACAAAGGCAAAGGUUUUGGUUUCAUUCGAUUGGAGUCUCGUGCGCUUGCGGAGAUAGCGAAAGCUGAGUUGGAUGACACGCCAAUGAAAGGCAGGCCCCUGCGUGUCCGAUUUGCCACACACUCUGCAGCUCUGUCUGUGAAGAAUUUGUCACCGUUUGUUUCUAAUGAGCUCCUGGAGGAAGCUUUCUCCCAGUUUGGGAUGGUCGAGAGGGCCGUUGUCAUUGUGGAUGAUCGUGGGCGUUCUACGGGCAGGGGCAUUGUCGAGUUUGCCUCCAAGCCUGCUGCCAGAAAGGCCCUGGACCGGUGCAAUGAGGGCGUCUUCCUGCUCACCACAUCUCCCCGACCUGUUCUUGUUGAGCCUCUGGAGCAGUAUGAUGAUGAAGACGGUCUUCCAGAGAAACUGGCACAGAAGAACCCCAGAUAUCAAGCAGAACGUGAGGAUCCUCCUCGCUUUGCUCGUCCAGGCACCUUUGAGUUUGAGUACUCAAAACGCUGGAAGUCCCUUGAUGAAAUGGAGAAGCAGCAGAGACAGCAGGUGGAGAAGAACAUGCGUGAGGCCCGUGAGAAGCUUGAGAGCGAGAUGGACGAUGCUUACCAUGAGCACCAGGCCAAUCUGCUCCGACAAGACCUGCUGAGGCGACAGGAGGAGCUGCGGCGCAUGGAAGAGUUGCACAGUCAGGAGAUGCAAAAAAGGAAGGAGAUGCAGCUCAGACAAGAGGAAGAGCGACGCAGGCGGGAGGAGGAGAUGCUUCGUAAGAGGGAGAUGGAAGAACAGAUGCGCCGUCAGCGUGAGGAGAAUUACAGGAUGGGCAACUUCAUGGAUAGGGACAGAGAAAUGAGAAUGAAUCCCAGUGUAACUUUGGGAAUGGGUGAUAUGUCCUUUGGUGCAUCCGGCCAGAAGUUCCCCAUGAGUGGAAUGGGCUUUGAGGGACAACAGGGAAUGGGCUCAUCCUCAGGAGGCCUGAUGGGCAAUGAAAUGCGCAGUGAGCGCUUUUCCCAAGGUGGUCCUAGGGGAAUGGGUCCAGGUAAUGCUGGGUACGGCAGGGUCCGUGAGGAGUUUGAUGGCCCUUCUAAGAAACCCCGUUUUUAAACAUUGCUUUUUGUUGCUCCCAGCAGCACCAUUUGUAUAGAUUCUCCACAACAAUGCUGUCGCAAUUCUUGUAUUUAAGUUAAAUUGUUGCUUCAUUUUAGCCUGACAAUUUUCUCAUUUUAUGAUAAACCUUUUCAUUUUUUAUUUUGUAGUAUUGAAACAUAGGUCACCCUUGUGUGAUCCGUUAGUUCUUUCUGACCCAUGUACGAUUUUGUUUUUUCUAGCUGUAUUAUGCUUUGUGAGUCGUCGUGAAGUGGUAAUUGUAACACUUUCUCAACUUUCUAUGGCUGUGUUUUGUGCCAUACAUUUGGAGUUAAAGCAUGUAUUACAAUAAAGACAAUUUGGUUCUAUCAGGACAAACCUUUAACAUUUAUUCCUCUAAAAGUUGAAACAUACAGUGCAUUCAAACAGCGACCAGAUCUGAACAGUUGGUUGUUUGCAUGAAUUAUAUAAUGUGGAUACAUCUUACAUUAGGUCUUAAAGAGUCUAUGUGUUAUCUCUGCCACAAUCCUGACCGUUCUGAUUCAGUGAUGCAUAUAACACAAUCUAAUAAGCACAAAGUGUUGCCCUCCCUGCCCCACCAAGUAGCUGGCACCCAUUACAAUUAGUAUUCUCAAUAAAUGGUCUGUGUCAGAAUUUUAUAACUGAUGAUUAAAAAGCACAAAAUUCCAGUUGUACCUUACAACGCCAAACGCGAUGGUAUUAUACUAGAGGCUUAAUUUAUUAUGUAUUUUUAAUGCAAAACUUUGCAGUUUAAUUUCAAACACAGCUUGGACAAAAUGAAGCUCUCGUUUUUUUAGACAGCAAAAUGUUUCAAGUACCGUAGCCUGUUUCAUUCAGUAACUCUGCUUUUGCAGACAUGCUUCAGGACUGCAGGAAUACUACACAUAGAACCUUUAGGAGAGUCUGUGGUAUAGUGUGUGGUUGUGGGUUACUAGUGGACACUGGUCUCCUUAUGAACACAUUCUGCUCUUAUCACAUACAGAGGUCCGUCAGUUUAACGCAGUCUACAGUGGUGUGUGUUUUGUGUGCAUGUUCUGAGGCUGAGGUUAGUGACUACAUUUGCAUGUAGGCCAAUAUACUGAAGGAUCACAGUAGUAAACCAGUAGUUUACAAACUUCACUUCCAUUUAUUGUCACCACCUUAUAAGGAACGUGAUUGUUUUUUAAAUUGUGACGAGCGCUCAGCCAUUUAUAGAAACAACCACCCAGCUGCUGCCUAGCUACUUUUCUAAGGCUUUUGACCCAGUUAUGUUUGUAUUUUCCUUAAUUUUGUUUUGCUGCUCACAAUCAAGCUUUGAGGCUCACUUUUGGCAAUAGGAUCAGUGUAUAAGUCGCCCUCUGUGCAUUAGUGUUAUUUUGUAUGUUCUAGCCAUUUAUUUUAAGUCUAAUGGCAGUUGUAGUUAAGCAAAUGCAGUGACCAUAACAAUUUUCCUCUAGGUGGCUAUAAAAUAAACAUGUUAACAGCUACAUAGACAUUAAUUGGAACCAAAGGCUGUAUAUAUAAAUAUAACAUUUCCUGCCACCACCACUUCCAGAUUCCACUUUGUGCCACUGUGCAAAUGUAAAUUCAGAGGCGGCCAUCUUGCUUUUGUGAUGCAUUUUGCAACCAGAUUCUGUGCAAUAGCGACAAAAGGCAGAGCCACAGUAUCAGGUCACCAAUCAAAGCUGUCACAUCAUCUGAAAUGCACCCUUUUGUACAUCAUUAAAUAACUUUGCCCAUUGAAUUUUUGUUUUGGCUCAUGCCCGGUCCAAUAAUGUGGGGCGGCUAGGGUUUAUGACCUAUUCUGCAACCAGCCACUAGGGUGCAGUCAACUUGUGGUGGCUUCACUUCUGGGAAUUGUCAUGUUUUUCAUCUCUAUUGGAGGAACCCGGGUACUGUCGAAUGACUUUGGCAGAUUAUUCUUUGCAAACCUGCAUGUAAACGUAGCCCUUUUCAGAUAUGGACUUAUUUUGGAGCCAGCAGAGGUCAGAGCUGGUGUGUCAACGGAACACAUAAGGAAGGAGGAACUGGCAUGAAAUGCUGUCUGGGUUUAAUGUGCAUACCAUAGAUAGACUGUUGGACUGAGUAAAUGUGCCUGUGUAUAACUGGCAAGGGCUUAAGCAGUCAUACCUUGUUCGGUUAGUUCUGAAAAGCGUGAUAACCACCAGAAUCUAUAACAUAUUACAUUGGUUCCAUGAAUGAAAUGUCCUUAUUUUCUUAAAGCAAGAAAGUAUCAAUUCCUCACAGCAGUCAGCUCUAGAAUAGCUUUAGCUCCAGGCUUACAGAUGCUUGUGAAACUUACAAGAAUUAGCAGGUAUUUCCAGUGUCAUUGUUAGAGAAUGAAUAUAAUUCUAAACUUACACAAGCAGUACCUCACUGACAAAGCAUUCAUUGUGCUGGACCUGUGAGAAGACAAGAACUCUAUGGUGUCAAUUCUAUGCUGUGACUUUCACAAUUAUGAAUAUGGUAAACUGCAUGUAAAUAGUUUGUACUUUAAUUUAUACUCUGUCCCUGCUACACGUUUUCCACAUUUGAUGUUACAAGACAUUUCACGUUCUGUGGCUUAUGAAUCUUCUAUAUCCUGUCACUCGCUUACCAGUUUUAUUGGUUAAAUGAUCUUCAAAAGCUUUAAAACAGAGUUUAGACUUCAUGUAUAUUAUGUUGCAUAGAUACAUUCUUAUGUGGCCUAAGCCUGACAUGGCUGAAAAACAUUUGUGCAGUAGUUACUGUUGGUAAUAGACUAGCCUGAGUAUGUGUGCUGUUGAGGACCAUGCUGCCGUCAUUUUAUUUUUCUCUAGUUCAGUUUUUUACAUAUACACUGAAUUGGUUUACAUUUAAAUGUUUCUUGACUCCAGGAGGCAUGGUGUGUUUAUCUAUGUAAAUAUAACAAGUAGCAAGAGCCCACAAACUGUUUCAGAAGAGAAUCCUUUAACAUCUUUCAGAGUCCGGGUAACUCAACCUCCUGAUAUGGACUUCUUCCCAGGAUGUAGUGCUUGAAUGUUUUUGUUUUUAUCCUGACCUUGACCAGAGGAGAGAACAAAACAUUUUACUUAAUGUGUUCUGCAUGAUGAAAUAGAACAUAAUAUUUGAGAUACCCUCCAGCCAUGUUUUGUGAUGAUAUAUUUAAAAAAAAAAUCAGCUUUGAAUAAUAAUUACCUCUGCCAAAGAGGUUGUUUUUACCGGCGUCUCUUCAUUGAUUUGUUCACAGUAUAAUUCACAAAGUAAUAAAUGGAUGGUAGGAUAUAGUCCACCGGGACAGUCCAUUAGAUUUUGGUGCUGAUCUGGAUCAUCAUUUGGAUACAGGAAUUUCAUUGUCAUUGGAAUGCCUUUUUUCUUUCUAACUCCAUACACAGUGCCUAGAAUGCUUGGACCAAAAUUGCAAGGUAACAUUCAUAUAUCUACCACACACUAAAGUAUGAUCCGAAUAAUAUUCUGGAUCUGCUGAUCCAGACUGUUCACACUUGUAGGGCUUUUGGAAAACUCAAUUGUGAGGUUCAGAGGGGCACCGACCCGCCAUGAAAAAACUAGCAGUGAUGAAGGCCGACCUCUGCGUCGCCUGAUGUCAGUUCUGUUAGGGCCAGUCAGGUUGAAAAACUGACACUUGAACACCGCACAGACCACAGCCAAUGGCAGACUAGCACAUACAGUAUGCACCUGUGUGACAGGAAUAACUCUCUGCCAACAGAUGGUGGUAUUUGUAUUCUCCAUUCAGUAAGGGAAAGAAAAAGAGCUAGAAUAUGGAAGUAUAAGCUAUAAACAAAGCACCUCUCAUUCAAAACAGCUGCUGUUUGUAGUUGGUUCUAAUCAAGAAUAUGUCUGAUAAGAAGUUGCAAAUGGCACUUGCUUUUUCUGCCCUUUUGGUUAUGGAGGUGAAAAACAAGGAGAAACUGCACUAAAUGGGUGAAAUCAUGGAUACUUCAGCGACAGGCUGAAGAGGCUUUCCUGAACCAUUCUCUCCUCGUACAUUGAUUCACUCAACAGCCAGUGGUCUCGCUCUUACCAAUGAGGCCCAACUGCCUGAUCCUGAUUCAACAUGUCAAAUCGGCCAAAAAGCAGCCAACAGGGACCGACUAAUGCCAACGGUGCAGGACACACUGGGAGGACAAGCCCUGACAGAUGCUCUUCCCUGACACAAAUGUUGCUACAGGCUUACACCUAACAUCAAAUCCUCACUGAAACUCUGCUAACUCAGUUGGAUGUCGGUAGAUUAGAUGCCUCUUUAAAACUGACUGA